AUGCUAGUUACAACUUCUACCAUUUUGUAUGUGGCAAAGUUUUUUAUCUCCAUAACGGAUCCGAAUCCUCCACCAAUGUCGUUCUAUCGGAUAGUGUAUGAAACCACUGUUCCAUACAUCCAAUUGAUACCUAAAAGCACAAUUUUUUUCCCCUGGGUCAUAGUGCUGGCAAUAUUUGCAGAAAUCACUAUAGUAUCAUUUGUAUUUUCCUUUGUUGUUUUAAUUGUUGGAAGUAAAUUUGCUGAGAAGUUUUGGGGCUACUAUGAAACUGUCAAAUUUGUACUUGUUAUUGGAAGUGUGACUAACUUGAUUACUGUUUUGAUUGCAAUUAUUUCAAACUUGUUCAGAUCCGAUGGAUACAGUAUGGAUUUACCACUAGGUGGAGGAAUAUCGUACUAUUUUGGAUUUCUCGUUGUUUUUAAACAAUUGAUCCCCGAACAUAAUAUUGUAUUGUUUCAAGGAUUGGUUAAUUUCAGAAUUAAGCAUUUACCAUUUGCCCUUUUGAUAGUAUUGAGUUUUUGGUCGAUCUUGAUAAGCCACUCUUUAUAUCCAGCAAUACCGUCCAUUGUCAGUUUCUUAGUGGCUUUUAACUAUUUGAGGUUUUUCCAACCGUUGAGAACUGAGCCUACAUUGCCCAUCUCCUCUAAUGACUCUGCUAAUGGAUCGAUAUUGAUUGGUGAUGCUUCAGAUACUUUCCAAUUGAUUGAAUUUUUCCCCAGCGUCACAAAACCAUAUUUGGGCCCUGUUUUCAACCAAGUAUAUGAAUUCUCGGUGUUUUUAGGAAUAGUUACUCCAUUCAAUGACGAGAGAGUGCAGCAAAGUAAUUCAAGAGCUCAAAAGAGACAAGAGAAUCAAGUGAACAAUAUCGUGGCAAGCUCGGUGGCAGAGAGGAGAAGACAAGUAGCAUUGCAAGUAAUUGAAGAAAGAAUAAGUAAAGAGACACCGAAAUAG